AUGGAACAGGCCUGGUCGAAUAUCGAAAGCGCCCAUUUUGAUUUGUCGCCUCUGGACAUCAUCAGUAGCCACUUGUACAUUUCCAACGUGUUUUUCUUUGAGAAUACGCAAUCCGCGCGCGACUGGCUGCCAGAAGAACUGCUGAAGCAGAGCCUCUACGAUGCGUUGCGCGGCUUUCCCAUGCUGUUGGGCAGACUGCAACGCGGUUGGGGAAACACCAUGAAGGUCGUUGUCGACAAGGACGCCCUCAACCCUCCAAGCUGGGAGGUAUCCGAGACUGCUGCCCUGAGCUUCCGCACCUUGAAGGCAGAGGGUUUUCAUCGACGUCUUUGGCCCAAGGGCAUACGAAUUGCGGAACCGCAAAUUGCACGCACCGCAGGCGAUGCAUCCAAGCUUGUGCGCGUUCAUGUCGCUCGCUUGGCUGACAACAGCGGCGUCGCCAUCGUCCUUCGCAUCGCGCACGCUGUUGUCGAUGCCAAGGGCGCCGUCGCCUUCAUGAGGCAUUGGGCAGAUUGCUUCCGCCGACGCAAUAAUGUAGUAGUUUCCGCCACCGCUUCGCCGUCUCCUCCGCCGCAGACGUCUGCCGCACUUGUCUGUCGCCGAAGUGUCAUGUAUGAGAAGCUCUCGCAAGACGCUCGCCCACGUCCACUGCCGUGGUACAUGUGGCCUCUGUCGAUGCUGUUGGUGGCAGUCGUUUCGCUGCUGGGUCUCAUCCUCAAAAGAAACCUCACCGCGGGACGCACAAGAAGCCACCUGUUCCGAGUACGUCGUGACAAGCUCGAUGCGGUCAAAAGUCUGGCGACAACAGGGGCAAAGCCGUCUAACGGCAUAUCCUACAACGACGUGCUCGUUGCCAUCUUCACAAUAGCAUACGCGCAGUGCACGAUGCAAGAAAAGUCAGCCUCGUCACCGUCAUCCAGGGGUGGCAUUUUCCGGCGAAAACCACCACAGGCCCGCGCCAUUGUGCCUUGUGACUUUCGACAUCGCCUCGGCGUACCCGAGGGCUAUACGGGAAACUGCGCCGUGGGCUUGUUUGUCACGGCACCGUCGGAGACGCUGCUGCGGCCCAUGACGGAGACGAGCGUCAUGGAGGUGGCGCGCUUCUCGAGAAGCACCACGUCGGCGGCCGAUGGGGCGACGAUUGAAAAACUGAUACAGCGCGCAAUGAGGUCGAUUCAGCUUUUGGGCGACAAGGUUCGCAUCCUUUACUCGUUGAUGAUCUGCCAGGCCUUUUCGAACCAGAGCCGUUUGCCGUUUUACGAGGUGGAUUUUGGCGUUGGGAGGCCGGUAUUUGUGAGUCCCAUGGCAUAUCCGAGAACUGUGGCCGUUAUUGUGCCACCGCCGCCGUCCCUGGCCAUGGGCCACGACGUGUUUUUUGUGUAUUUGACGCUGGAAGAGUGCCAGAUGAGCAGGGUGCUUGGCAAUGGGGGAUUCCAGUCUUUUGCUGAAGUGAUUUAUUAG